AUCGAUAGACAGUUGGAAAGUCCGCCACAAAUAAACGGCGUUUGGGCAAUAUUGUUUUGACGAAAUGCCGAUUGAAGUUUUUAAAUCUGUGCGCGAAGUAAGCAGCGAAGAUGCGGUACAUGUGGCUGCAAAUCUGUUAAAAGAGAAUGCCGCCAAAAAGUGGAAGACCCAAGCGAUCGGUGAGAAGUCGGCGCAUGUUAUUCUGGAGUUCGAAGAGCCGCAACAAAUUACUGGCAUAGAUAUUGGCAACGAGCAUUCCGCCUUUAUUGAGGUACUGGUUAGUAAGACCGGCUGCCAGCCAGAUGAUUUUAGGGAACUGCUGCUCUCCAGCUCGUUUAUGACGCCCAUCGAGAGCAAGAAUUCCAGCAAUACAAAUCGCGUGCGCUGCUUCAGCAGCGAUGCUUUGUGUCAGGCAGCGCUAACAGACAAAUGGAAGCUAGUGAAGAUUGUGUGCACACAACCAUUUAACAAGCAUGUCCAAUAUGGCCUGUCCUUUGUCAAGAUGCAUGUGGCGGGCAGUGCUAAGCCUAAAUGCCUGGUGCCCGAUAAGUUCAAGCUAACGGCACAUCCUAAUCCUAGCCCCAGUCCCGCAGUGGCUGCCUUGGGUCGUUUUAAGCUGCGCGAAGAGUCACCAGACUCGGAACCAGAUGGCAAGGCUUCACUCUCGCUCUUUCAGCGCUGGAAGGCAACUAGAAAUGAGGAUACCAGUACUGCAGCAGCUAUACGGGAUGCCGGCUCACCAGCUGCACUGCGUCGCUUAAGCGAUUCCCGCCCAGCGCCCAUUAAAACGCCAACACAGGCCAACAGCCCGUCGAGCGCGACGCAGGCAGAAACUAAAGUCUUGGAUCGAAAUCGAGAUUCGCUACUGUUUGGCGAUGAUGAGGACGAAGAUAAUCCGGCAGGGGCUGUGGCAGAUGCGCGAAAGCAACGCUUGAGCAAACACAUUGAGGCGGACAAGAACCGACGGCGCAUGGAGCUGGAGAAGGAGCUGGAAAAGAAGAAGAACAAAGGCAAGCGUCUAUCUACAGAAAAGCCAGCUGUCAAGCAGGAUGAGCAGCCGGAGAAAAAGGUCGAGUCGAAGCCAACAGCAGCAGUACAGGCCCAAAAGCGACUCUCGUCCUCGCUGGAAGAGCAGAGCAAGCCAGCCAAGAAGCCGAAAAUGAAAGAGCCGAAAUAUGUGCCAUUUAAUCAGCUGCUACGUGGCGUUGUGCUCGUCAUCAGUGGCAUUCAGAAUCCUGAUCGUGCAGACCUGCGCUCGAAGGCCAUAGCACUGGGUGCCAAAUACAAAGCAGAUUGGGAACCAGGCUGUACCCAUCUAAUCUGCGCCUUUAGAAACACGCCCAAGUACAAUCAGGUCAAGGGCCACGGCAAAAUUGUGACGCGUCGCUGGAUUGAAAAAUGUUAUGAACUGAAAAAGUAUUUGCCCUGGCGACGCUUUGCACUGGACAAUGCGGAAAUGGCGCAGCCCGAGAGCGAUGAGGAGCUGUAUGAUGAAUCAUUGAAGCCCACGGUGGACGAUGAUGAUCAGCAUGACAAGGCAGCCAGUCCUGUUGCUCUGGCUGAAAGGCUUGACAAUAAUAACAGGAGCUACGAGGUGCAUUCGUCUGGACCCGACACAGAGGACGAACUCGAACGAGUGGCUCAAGAAAAAAAGAAAUUGAAGCAAUCAGCUGAAUCAAAUGGCAACAAGUCGAGUUCCAAAUCGAAAUCUCUGGAUGUUUACGAAGUUAGCACAGAUGAGGAGGAUUAUCUGCAGGAAAAGCGAAAACAGUUGUAGCUAUUAGUUAAGUCCAGUAUUAUGUAUUUUUAUUAAGCGUAUAGAUAAGUUUAUAUUAUGUUUUUUUAUAUAUUACGUCAGUAAAGUG